CACACCCGGGGCGUCCUCUCUCGGGAACGCGCGACCACCGAGCUCCGCGGGCCCCCAGACACCCCCAUCCGGCCGCACUCCAUCCCUCGAGCUCGGCGCGCCCCUGACACCCCCAGUCCCGCCGCACCGCAAGGGCGCCCCCUCUCGGGAGAGCGCAGGCUCGCGCCCGGGCGCACAGCCGCUCCGCCCUCACCUGAGCCGGAGGUUGGCCAUGAACUCGGGCAUGGAGACGGUGUCCAUCAGCACGAAGUCCGCCUUGCCGAACUCCAGGCUCUCCUGCUCCGCCAUGGCGCCGGCGCACGGACUCAGGUGCAGUCACUAACCACUGAUUUAUUAGGAGCCUUCCAGCUCCCCCUAGCAAACCCCUUUGAGGCGCUCACUUGCCUCCAGCCAGUGCUGUGACCUAGACGUGUUAAGGAUCAAGCCUUCCGCAUGUACUGCGUUUGCCUACACCACCUAAGAUGCCAGAAGAAGAAGACCACACUGUAUACUGCAGCCCAAGCGAAGUAUGGGAGGGCCAGCUCAGCCUCUGGGAAGAAGAAGAGGAAGAAGAAGAAGGAGGCCUAUCUUGGUUACGUGGGGAAAAUCCUAAAGCAAACUCACCCAGACUUCAGUGGGUGCUCCUGGAUCUCGGAUGCACUGGGCUCUUUGGAGGACUGGCUGCUGGAACGGGUUAGCCUGGAGGUGGUUAGAUUGUCCUUCUACAACCACAGAAAAGCCAUCACCAGCAGAGAGAUCCCUGGAGCAGUUAAACAGAGAUCCUCUUGGAAGAGCUUCUGUAUCAAUGAAAUGUUCUGAAUGGCUCUGUUGUUGAGAUGAUUGCACUUGUCAAAAAUAAUCAGAUAUGUCAGACGGCUGAGUCGGAAGACGAGGUAUCAGAUAAGGACCUGUUGCAAUAGGAGUCUUGGUGCUACAUAGGUGGUCUCUGGGUCCUGUGCUUUUAGCCUCUGACUUAAUUUGUGGGGAAAAAAAUAAAGGCAUUUUGUCUUGUGUGUGUAAUGCUUAUUUUUUAUGGCUUUAAAAUUUUUCUUAGGCAUGCUUCUUCCCACUUGAACUUACCCAUUGUCUUUUUGGAGGACACAGCUUAACCCAUUAUACCAUGUACUCACCAACUCUCCCAUCUUCAGCCCCAGGGUUAGAGACUGCUG